AAAAAAAAGUAUGCAAGGGAACAUGGAAACAGUAAAGAUGGAAGCAGCUGCUCUGUUAGAAGUUUUUGAAGCAGUAGGCUUUUGAGAUCUCAGGAGAGGACUACCUCUGUUAGCUUCACAAUGCCAGUUCCGCUUGCUCCAUAUCCUACACCACCAACACCAUUUACACCACCUGCUAACGCAGGUACGCAGAGCCAGCUUGUGUGCUCUGGAUGCAGAAAUCUUUUACUCUAUCCAGUUGGAGCAACAUCUGUUUGUUGUGCAGUUUGCAAUGCAGUAACAGCAGUACCACCUCCGGGCACUGAGAUGGCUCAGUUGGUUUGCGGAGGCUGCCACACAUUACUAAUGUACAUUCGUGGAGCAACAAGCGUGCAAUGUUCGUGCUGUCACACAGUCAAUUUAGCUAUGGAAGCAAAUCAGGUAGCACAUGUGAAUUGUGGCAACUGCCGCAUGCUGCUGAUGUACCAAUAUGGAGCACGAUCAGUGAAAUGUGCAGUGUGCAAUUUUGUGACAUCGGUAGGGGUUUCAACGAGCACAGCUGAGCAAAAGUUUAACAGCUAACUUUAAAGCAGCUGAGCCAGUGCUAGAAACUUCUAUGACUAAAGUUGUCGUGUUAUGUGUCAGCGGCAUUGCAGCUGCAUCAACCGGAGGAAAUUUCUACUUGCUAUUAGUAUAGAGCUAUUACAGAGCUUUUUUUCCCUCGUGCAUCUGUAAUAGAAUAAGCAGUUUUGCAGGUUGAGCCUACAAAAGGUAUUGUAUAUAAUGGUAUUGCGUUUGUAAGUCUGGUUGAAAAAUCCUGGAUAGCAAAGACUCCUUUUCACCUACCAUA